CAGUGCAGCUGAAAAGAACAGACCCAAUCACUCAUUUCAUUUCGAGUGCAAAAAGUUCUAAGAAGGAGAGCAAAACGUCAGGAAUAUAAAGAUCUACUUGAUAUUUGUGUUAGUAUUUGAUAUGUGUUUAAAGCAGAUUAAAACAAGAGAUUAAGGAAAAUCGAUAAUUUUUGCAAUAUUGAAUAAAUCAAAAAAUAGAAAUGUCUGAUAAAAAAUUAGUAAAUGGUAUGAUUGCCUUCAAUAAAGAGGAAUAUGAUAAUUAUCAAAAAUCCCUCUCCUCAGAAAAAGAAUGGCCCGGUAUUAAUGUCAAUGCUAAUUCACGAAUGACAUUAAACACAUCAAUGCUUAUUAUGGAGCUAUAUCGAUUAGUACCUUAUAAGGAAGGCCGUUAUAUUCAUUUUCAUCCAUUCAAUAUGCCUUAUAUUAAAGUACGUAAAAUUGAGCUAGUUGGAAUUGUUACAAAUGUUAAGCGCAAUGUCAAUAAUUUGUUUUUAACAAUUGAAGAUGGGACAGGAGUGGUAGAUAUUAAUUACAAAUUGGAACAAUAUCUAUUUUUAUUAAAACAACGACAGGAGAUUGAUGAAAAGUACAGGAGUCAAGCUGGAAAUUUGAAGGAAACAAAAAUAGUCAAAAAUUAUCCAAAGAAAUUUCCUGAAACACGUCCAGGAUUCACCUAUCCAUGUAAUACAUCCUUACAAGAUAUAGCUAUCUUGGAGAACGAGUGGUGGUCAGAAACAAACAGUGGUCUAUUGGGCAAAGAGAUCCAACCUUUUGAUUAUGUUUAUGUCACUGGAUAUCCUUAUCUUGAUACAAAAUUUCAAAAGAUACCAGAACAAAUUACAACAGAGUUUAUUGAACAUGCAAGAUUGAUUAUGUUUGCAAUAUCUGUCACAUGUAUUUCUGAGGAGACUUACAAUAAAAAAUUAUCUAUGUGGAUAAGUAAUACUGUUCGCCAAAGAUACAAGGAGAUAGAAAAAAAAGCUUGUAUUGCAAAAAAAUGAAAAUCUGCAAGAGAAUGUUGCUAUCUUGUUUUGAUAAUAUAUUAUUAGAUAUACAUGUUGCACAUAAUUACUAAAUAUUACAUAGAACCAUAGAUG